AUUCAGUUAGUGAAACACUAAUAAUCCAACAUCACAACACUCACAAUGGUGAAACUGGAUACAUUUGAGAUUGAUCAUUGGAUCCUGACUCGCAGUCCUGGAGCCAGACACAAUCUGGCCCAUUCAUAUUCCCUUCCUGUCACUAUCCAGGAGCUCGGCUCGCUAGGUACCGACCCAGCUGAACAUGUUGAUAACCCCUUGGCCACGACUCUGUCACUGCCAAUGAACUAUGGUCCAUCUUUUACCGGCCUCGAGAAGCUGCGCAUGAAGAUAGCUGCAUUGUACGCCAGUGAAUCAGAGGCUGUCGUAUCUCCGAGCAACAUCAUCACUACACCUGGUGCAUCGCUGGCAAAUUUUAUCGUGUUCUUUGCCCUGAUCGGACCCGGAGAUCAUGUCAUUGUUCAAUAUCCAACUUACCCUCAGUUAUACUCUCUUCCAUCCUGUCUGGGUGCUGAGGUGAGUCUCUGGCAAGCAAGCGAGGAUAAUCAUUGGCAGCUGGAUUUGGAGGAACUGGAGCGUCUCAUCCAGCCCAAUACCAAGAUGAUCGUCUUGAACAACCCUCAGAAUCCCACAGGCGCCAUCAUUACCAAGUCAAAUCUUGGUAAGAUUGUCGACCUGGCCCGACGACACUCCAUCACCAAAUCAGUGGUGACGUGCUCGCUCUCCAAGACCUUUUCCCUCGCCGGCAUUCGCGUGGGCUGGCUAGCUUCUCACAGCUCUUCCAUUCUCGAUCUCUGUCUCAACGCGCGCUCCUAUACGGUUAUCACUGUUAGCCAGAUCGACGAGCAAAUUGCUGCUAUGGCCCUCGAGCCUGUUCGUCUGCGAGAGUUGACGAAACGCAACCUAGGUCUUGCCAAGCACAAUCUCGAGAUUGUGCAAUCAUUCAUUGACCGGCAUUCUUCGGUCUGCGAGUGGGUUCGUCCGGUCGCUGGACCAGUUGGGUUUGUCAAAUUUAGCCGAAACGGCGUCCCUAUCGAUGAUGUUGAAUUCUGUAUUCUUCUUCUCGAAAAGAAGGGUGUGCUACUCGUGCCGGGGCGAAAGUGCUUUGGAGAGAUGUUUAAAGGUUAUGUCCGACUGGGCUUUGGGCAAAGUACUCGGGCUUUGGAAGCUGCCCUGGAGGCGCUGGCAGCCUUCAUUAGCGAGGAUUAUGAUGCGGUGCCCUUGGCUGAGCGGAAAUGACCAAGUUGAAGUCUGCUGGCGUCAGAAGACAAGUAAUAUUGUUUGACAUGUCCUCGUUAUUAGUAUCUAUAUAUCAUAAAUCUAAAGAUUAC